GGAUUUUUAGUGAGAUCCGUCUUUGAAAUCUUUCUUGGGGUUUUGAAGAAAAAGUCUUGAUCUUUCCAAAUUCAAUUCAAUUUGAUGCAAUAACAAUGCUGGCUGAGGUGAAGAAUUUGCAAAACAUCGACUCCAAAUCCAUCACUCUUUGGCUUAACAAAACCAAGGGUACUCUGCCUCAUGAAGAAGAUGAAUUAGCCAAGGCAAUACAAAAGAAGAUUGCAAGGAAGAACAUGGCAGAAGGCAAACCAGCUAAAAAUGCCACUCCCAACAAGACUUGCAUAUGUGCUCCGACCAACCACGCAGGUUCGUUUAGGUGCCACCUGCAUCGGAUCAGCGUUGCGUGGUCGGUACAAGACAGUCGUAGCAGAUCAAAGCUGCAAUGCGAAGCAAACUUCAAUGCCAAUGCCAAGAAUGGUCUUCAUGAUGUGGUUGAGAAACAGCCGAAGCUAUCGAGAUUCGGCAGGGCUGCCUCUGCAAGAAGUUGCCAUGAAAACCUUUCUCUCACAAUGGCUGAGCAAGUUAAUUAAUCUGUUCUGUAAGGUUUUAUUUAUGGUUCCU